AUUUACAGGUCAUGCCGAAAACAAAAAAAAAAUCUGUUGCACUACUAACUUUAUUGUUGUGAAUUAGUGGACGUUUUACUCUUGAUUUGAACAAAUAUAAUAGUCAAGUGAUUGAGUAAGAUUCUCAAAAUGGAAGUAGAGACUGAUUCUAAGGAAGUUAUAGAGAUCAGUGUGGACAGUGUGCUUGGAGAACUGCAGAGUGUCCUCAAAGGGAAAAUCCCAGAAUCAGACUCCUCCAGCGAAUCAGAGGAGGAUGUUCCUACAGAGAAAGAUCCUCAAAGCCCUCAGGAGGAGAAAGAGGGUCAUGUGUGCAAUAAUAAAACUGAUGAGGAGAAAAUGGUGGAAAAUUCCUCCGUGUCCCCUGUUAGUCCGAAGAGUUUUGUGGAUAGGCCUAUCAUCUUCAAGUCUUCCAUCAAGAAGGACCCGGGGUCAAAGCUUCAUGACCAGUUGGUCAAAGAGCUGGGGUCAGUGUUGAAGAAGAGAAAUAAGGAAAAUGACCUUGACGCAGUCAAAGAAGAGGAAAAAAAGGUCAAGGAUGAAAAAACAAACAAUAACAGAAGACCUGGACCCCUUAAAUUGAAUAACAGUGUGUUUGCAAAUAAAGCUUUACUGGCACAUUUGGAGAAUCACCUUAAAAAAUCCUUACACAAGACUGAUGUUGCUGGAAAACCAAGAACCAGCAUGAAGGACUCAAGCUUUAAUAAUGACUCCUCGAAUCUCCCUAAUAUUAUGGAAUCUUCCAUUUCUGGUGCUGCACAGUUUGGGGUUAAGCUAAGACAUACACAAACAAGGACGUCAGAGGGGGAUGGAGUUGAGAUGAAUGGAGAGCUCUCUCCAGACUCUUCACAUACAUCUCCUCAGAAAUCUAGUCAGUCUGAAAUAUUACUCCAAGCAAGAGCCUCUCUUACUAGUACCCCUCAACCAAAGGUGCUAUCCCAGAAUUCAUUGACAGCUAAAACUGAUAAAGUGGUGGUACCACUUGAGAAUUCAAGGACAGCUAAAACUGAUAAUGUGGUGAAUCCGCCUCAGAAUUCAAGGACAGCAAUAACUGAUAAAGUGGUAGUACCGCUUCAGAAUAGAGUGGUUGCUACCACUGAAAGUAGAAACAUUGUCUCCCAGUCAAGAAAAGCAAUAAGUGUGGUUUCUAAACAGACUUCACAGUUGGGUGGAAGUGUCUACCAUGUAUCUUCACUGAAGAGAGAUGGGAAGCAUUUGACUCAGAUAUCCAUAGGUGGCUGUCCGGUCAUUCACACCAUUGAUGAGGGAGGACUGCCCUCGGCCUCUGGCCCCGGUCUGUACAAAGGUCAGGAGGACAAGGAAGCCGUGUUCUAUGUGGAUGUGGGCAAGAGGAGUGGAGAUCUGGAUAUCAAAGUGGAGGGACCUAACUCUAUUGCCAAGACAACAGUAGAGAGAGCUGGAGAGAAAUUCAUUGUUAACUAUACACCAGUAGAGGUGGGCAUCUUCAACAUUGGUAUUCUGUGGAACGGAACUCCCAUUCCAGGAAGUCCAUUCCACCCUAAGGUGUUUGAUCCCCGUAAGGUGCGGAUCUCUGGUGGGUGGGCCCAGUACAUGGACGGUAACGAGCGCGUGGGUCUGGUGGUGGGGGAGGAGAAGAGACUGGUGUUUGACAUCUCUCAGGCCGGCCCAGGAUCUCUAAGGGCUGAGGUAGUUGGACCUGGCUCUACAGUCCCCGCUACUGUCACAGACAGCUAUGGUCAGACAUUAGUGGCAUUUGUUCCCAGGGAGGAAGGAAACCAUUACAUUCAUCUCUACUGGUCGGAUGUGGCCCUCCCGAAUUCUCCGUUCCUCGGCUACGCCGUCCCAGCAUUCUCUGAUGCCAACAAGGUCAUUCUGACUGGGCGGGGCCUGAAGGAGGCGACCGUCCGCGAGGAGGCGGAGUUUGUGAUUGAUGGAUCUCAGGCCGGACCAGAAUAUCAACAACCAAACAGUAAGUAAAAACACUCUCAUGGGGAAUUUGUUUGGUUUAUUUUUUUUUUUUUUAUUUGUAGAAGGUGGCUAAUUUCCCAUUGCUUUUUCUUGUGUAUUCUAUGCAAACCUUUCCAAAUGCAGACAAGGGAAAAUCGUUUUUAUCACCAAUCAUCUUCAUAG